AUGACCUCUAUACUGUCAGCAGCAGAGUGACUGUGAACAAGAGACACAACAAUAGCUUCACCUGUAGAGUCCAACAGAACAACAUCCACCAGACAAGAGAGGCUCACAUACAUGUUCCAGGUAGAACACGGCUGCUGGUGUUUAGAAGAACAAUGUUAUAAACUGUGAUGUUUUAAUGUAUCUGUGUUUCAUUGUUGCAGGUGAUGUGUUUGUUUCUGGUAACAGUCCUGUUGGUCACAUCACCAUCAGCUUGGUGGUGAUAUUCAUUGUUAUUGUUGCACUUGUCUUCUUGGUGGUGAAAUGUCGCAGACAUAGAAGAACUUCAAGGAAGCAUGAAAAACUUAACUUGGUCAUGGAGGAAGAAAGAGAAAUGGUGAAGGACACAGGAGAGAGUCUGAACAUCAGGGACCUGGAUGAGAAAGAAACAGACCUCAAUAAAAAGUUAAAAGAUCUAGAGGAAGAAUAUAUAUAUGUGGCAGACAUGGUUAAAUUAUUUGAAGACAAAAAGAAGGAUGCGGAGAAUCGAAUGGUCGACGUAAAACAAAACAGAGAUAAAUAUCAACGUGAGCUGGAAGCAAAACAAAAACAAGGUGAAAAACACUCAGACAUAUCAAAGCUUGAAACAAGGAAGCAAGAUAUUGAGAAAGCAUUAGGAAAACAUGAGUACGAUCAUAAGCAGGCAGUAUAUAUGAUUAAUCUGCUGAUAGAGAGGAAGAAAGUCUUGGAUGACGACAGGAAGAAGAUUAAUGAACAGCUGAAGGAGAUAAAGAAGAAGAGAGAUGAAGGUCAAACAAUGAUCAGUUCAGACCAGUAAUUUAAAGGAACUUUUUACUUGAAUCUGUCUCUACAGAGUGAAAUGUUUAGAAGAAGAUCUUGGUUCAGUAUUAGGCAGAACAUUUAUUAAUGAAAAGUAAUGAGAGGUGAACAGUUGGUGAAUGAAUGAACGACAACAAUAAACAUGUUGAAUUUACUUUUACUUUUAAAUGUUAUGUUAUUCUUUGUUGUCAUAUUUGUGUUUGUCAGUUUAUUAGGUACACACAUUAAAUUUCACUGAAAUAAAGACAGAACAAAGUGUUUGAACUGUUCCACUCUAAUAAAAUAAUCACAUAUGUUGAA